AUGUCUGCCCCUCCCGUCUUCAAGUUGUUUCUCCCCUUUCUUUCUAACUCUCACUCUCUUCUAGACGUAUCCCCCACGGUCUUCAAGAGGCUAGAUGAUGGGUACGAGAGGAAUAAGAUCCGCCUCUCUAUGUACAAUGAAGACUGCAAGUGUCUGAUAAUAACGGUUCCUACGUUCGUGCACGAAGAGCUUGGCUUGACGCUGUAUAGGGAGCUCUUAUUUCAGAUCUAUCGGAUGGGCUUAGAGAGGAGAUGGAAUUGCAAAGGACACACGACUUUUUAUAAUGCACGUCGUUCCUCUGUCAGCGGAGGGGCAAAACAAGCAGACGCAUCCGGAGGCCCGAGGGAAGGACAUCCCGCGCCUACAUUCCCAACGCUGGUGGUUGAGGCUGGAUAUUCCCAGACAUUGGCAGACAUGCGAGGAAAGGCGAGAGCUUGGUUCAAGGACUCGGAUCACAACGUUAAGAUUGCCGUCUUAGCGAAAAUUAUCCCAGCUCAACGUACACUACUUGUGGAGAGAUGGGAAGAAAGGCAGCACGGAGAGUUUGGGAGCGUCCCUGGCUGUCAACAGAGAAUCACAAUUACUGGAAGCUGGGCAAACCCAUCAGUCUACCAAGUGGUGGAAAGUAGCGACUUGAUACUGAGUUUUCGACUGUUGUUCCUACGGGAACCGCGACAGGGAGAGGCUGAUGUGAUUAUCUCUACUGAUUGGAUGAAAGAGUAUGCGAAAAAUGUUUGGGAUACCUGGGAUUUGACGAAUGAGGCUUCGGGGAAAUGGUCGGAAGGGAGAUGUUCUGUGCUCCUAUCAUAA